AUGAUCAUGUGCUGGUGUGGUGGUGAAGUAACCCAUGCUGUUACUGCAGCUCUCAAUUCCAAUUCUACUACGACUAAUGAUGACCAGCCAGAAGCUAUAGGAGUAAAGGACCCCAUGUGGCAGACUCAUGCAGGGUGUGCGACUAUGCAGCGAGCCAUAUUGCUGAGCUCGGUGGGCAGCAAGACGUACAGUCUGAUGAGGAACUUAUUGAGUCCUGAUAAACCAGGGGAUAAAUCGUUCACGGAGUUGACGAGCUUGCUUCAGUCACAUUAUAACCCGAAGCCGAGUGAAAUAGUCCAAAGGUACAAGUUAAAUUCAAGGACUAGACUAGCCAAUGAAACGGUAACGGAGUAUGUUGCGGUGCUGAGGGAGCUGGCACAACACUGUAAUUAUGGUGACAGACUGACAGAAAUGCUACGUGAUAGGCUCAUAUGUGGCAUUGCAGAUGACCGCAUACAACGUAGAUUAUUAGCGGAGCCUGAGUUGUCGUUUGAAAAGGCCUUGAAGUUGGCACAGGCCAUCGAGACAGCGAAUAAAGACAUUCGGGAUUUAAAACCAAAAGCAAUCGAAGGGGUUGGGAGCAGGAGUGCUACCCCACUGCCAGUGCAUAAAGUGGUCAUGGAGCAUAAAUCACAAGGGAAGUCUGGUCAGUAUGCCUGUUACAGGUGUGGCGGUGAACAUUUGGCACGGAACUGUCGUUUCUUAAAUGAAAAAUGUCAUGCUUGCGGAAAAAAGGGCCAUGUGAAGAAGAUGUUGACUUUGAAAACAUAUACAGGUGAAACAGUUCCCACACUGGGGAUGGCAAAAGUAACUGUAACACAUAAAGACAAAGUCAAACAGUUGCCAGUCAUGGUGGUGGCAGGUAAUGGACCAAACCUGUUAGGCCGGGCGUGGCUAAAGGAGCUGGAAAUGGGCUGUCUACAACUCCAUAAAGUAGAACAGCAGAUGCUGACAUUGCAAGAGGUGCUGGAGAACAACGAAGAAGUGUUCAAAGAGGAACUGGGUACCUGGAGGGGUCCACCAGCAAAGAUACACGUCAAAGAAAAUGCAACGCCAAGAUUUUACAAACCCAGACCCGUACCAUACGCAAUGAAGAAGAAAGUGGAGACUGAGUUAGAGCGACUCACCAAGCAAGGUAUAAUUGAACCAGUAAAGGUUUCGGAAUGGGCGGCACCCAUUGUGCCAGUAUUAAAACCAGAUAAUACUGUACGCAUAUGUGGGGACUACAAGCUAACAGUGAACCAAGUUUCGAAGCUGGAGCAGUAUCCAAUACCAACGGUGGAGGAUGUGUUUGAAAAGCUGUCGGGAGGUGAAAGGUUCAGCAAACUGGACCUCAGUCAUGCAUAUCAACAAGUUGUUCUGGAGGAAGGGUCAAAGCCAUAUGUCACCCUUAACAUGCACAAAGGUUUGUUCCAAGUAAAUCGUUUACCCUUUGGUGUUUCCUCUAGUCCAGCUAUUUUCCAGAGAAUAAUGGAGGGACUGGUGUCAGGAAUUCCGAAGGUGGCUGUGUAUUUGGACGACAUCCUGUUGACGGGUAGGAACAAUCGCGAGCAUCUGGAGACUCUGAACGAGGUGCUGAGGCGACUGCGAGAGACUGGUCUGCGGGUGAAGCGGAGUAAAUGUGCUUUCAUGGAAAAGGAAGCUGAGUUCCUGGGUUACAAGGUGGAUGCAUCGGGCCUACACCCUCUGCCAAACAAGGUAAAAGCUAUCCAACAGGCACCUGCACCCACAAAUGUUACAGAGCUGAAGGCCUACUUAGGCUUACUUAACUAUUAUAACAGGUUCCUACCAAAUCUGUCAACGCUGUUAGCUCCUUUACAUACACUAUUAAGGAAGGAGACCCUGUGGACAUGGCAGGAGGAACAGGACAGAGCGUUUGAGCAGUCCAAGAAACUAAUGCAGUCCUCAGAGGUUUUGGUGCACUACGAUAGUCAUAAGGACUUAAUUCUGUCAUGUGAUGCCUCACCUUAUGGGUUAGGGGCCGUGUUGGCACACCGUAUGCCAGAUGGACAAGAAAGACCCAUCGGGUUCAUGUCACGAACCUUGACACCAGCGAAGUCCAGCUAUUCCCAGAUAGACAAAGAGGGUUUGGCUGUAAUGUUUGGAAUUAAGUGGUUCCACAAAUACCUCUAUGGCAGGAAGUUUACUGUUUGCACCGAUCAUAAGCCCUUGUUGUCACUGUUCAACGAGAUGAAGGCCGUGCCUCAGAUGGUUUCUCCCCGCAUUCAGAGAUGGGCUGUAACAUUGAGAGCUUAUGAAUAUGAGAUUGGUUAUAAGCCCGGGAAACACCAUAGCAAUGCGGAUGCGCUGAGCCGUCUGCCGCUACAGGGGCCUCUCCAGCGAGAGGAAACGGAGGACCGAGUGUUGAUGAUGGAGGACAUCACGUUGGUGUCAGCGAGGGAACUGAGCGAAUGGACACGAAAAGACCCGGUGUUGGCUCGAGUGUUUCAGUGGGUCCAGCAAGGCUGGACAAUGCAACAACCUGAUCCAGUUUUCCGGCCUUAUGAGGUGAGGAAAACAGAGCUGAGUGUGCAAGAUGGAUGCGUGUUGUGGGGGGCACGAGUGAUAAUUCCCCCAGGAAGACGUGCACUUUUACAACAGCUGCACCAGGGUCAUGUGGGCAUCACCCGAAUGAAGGCCUUAGCACGAAGUUAUUUCUGGUGGCCAAAGUUGGACCAUGACAUUGAAGUCGCUGUGAAAGAGUGUAACAUCUGUCAGCAACAUCGCAACUUACCGGUGGCGGCACCACUACACCCAUGGGAGUGGCCGAGUAGACCUUGGCAGAGACUUCAUAUAGACUAUGCAGGGCCUUUUAUGGGGGCAAUGUUUUUGAUAAUAAUGGAUGCUCAUUCUAAAUGGAUGGAUGCCUAUCCAGUUAAAACAACGACUUCCACCACGACCAUUGAAUGCCUGAGGAAGAGUUUCAGUAGUCAAGGACUACCAGAGACUAUUGUAUCAGAUAAUGCUUCAUGUUUCAUGAGUGGAGAGUUCAAGGGUUUUCUGAAAAAAAAUGGCAUCGUACACGUCACAUCAGCACCAUACCAUGUGGCUUCAAAUGGCUGUGCUGAAAGGGCUGUCCAGACCUUUAAAGCAAUGAUGAUAAAGGCCGGAGACGGAAGUAUGGCAGCAAAAGUGUCAAGGGUGUUAUUCAGCUACCGCAUUACACCCCAGUCUACCACCGGAUUGUCACCUGCCGAGAUGUUGUAAGGACGGAGAUUAAGGUCAACAUUGGAUCUGGUGCAUCCAAACAUCCGAGCUAAGGUAGAGAGGACACAAUGGCGGCAAAAAGAACAUCAGGAUCGACGACGGAGAGGAAGAAGUUUCCUGGUGGGAGAUGCAGUGAUGACUCGAAACUUCAGCUAUGGACCUAAAUGGAUUCCAGGGUUCAUUGUAAAGAGUACUGGUCCACUGUCGUACCAGGUGAGGUUGAAUGGAGGUUUUGUGGUCAGGAGACAUGUGGACCAGAUUCUGCAGAGCGAACGGGAGAAGGACUUUAUGGAACUGCAAGCCCCGGAAAUACCGUUAGUUUCGGAAGAAGGGCUCGCAGCGGCAGGAGGAUCUCCGAUCUUUGGGGCCAAGGAAGACCACCGGGACUUGGAAGGAGAGGUUCCCGAGGACCAAACCUUUCCAGGGAUGGACACACCGGUACCAGAGGUGAAUCCAAGGAACACAAUGAUGAUACUAAACAGUUGUGCUUCAUCAUCUUGUGAUGCUGCACAAGAUUACCCAGGGAAAGGCUGGCCUUUAAGUAAUGAAAGCUCUUGA